AUGCAAGAUCCAAUGGAAAUGGACAAUUCAGACGAUAUAGAUCCAUCAGAAUAUGUUCGAUUACAAGAAGAAUAUGAAGAAAAACUAGAUGAAUUUAUGCGUAAACAUUUACGUCGGACAUGGCCUGUAUGUGUGAUACGUUUACUUGGUAUUUUUCAAUUAUUAGUUACUUUGACGAUAUUUGGUGUUGAUUUACCAAUUAUUCUUAUGUUUGCACCACGAUGGCAAGUUUUUGCUGGAUGUUGGGCAUCUGUACUUGGAUUUAUUGCUUGUGUAAGCACUCUUCAUUCAUCUCGAAAAAUGACUUGGUCAAAACUUAAAUGGACUGCAGGACUUAAUAUAUUAGGUGGAAUAGCUGUUGCUCUCAUGGUAGCAUUUGAUAUACUUUAUUUGGUAAAUUCGAAAAUUUGUCUUAUUGCUAGUGGCUGUAAUUAUUUAUCGUAUACAUAUUCACCAGUUAAACCAUUUUAUACAGCAGAAGUUGUUAUGGGUGUUUUGUUUUUUUUAUCAGUUUUCGUUUUUCUUGUUCUGUUUAUUAAACAUGGUAUAGGUGGUAUAACACUUUUCGAAAAUAUUCAAAAAGGAUGGGCACCACCUAUUUACAAACCUAUUGUACCACCUAAUGACACUAUGCCAAUGCUACAAAACCCAAUGACGAGACCUGGAAUGAUGAUGCCUCCAUCACACCAUGGUCCUAUGCCAAUGCCACCACAAGCAGGACCUAGAAUGAUGAUGAGACCACCACCACCUGGCUCUAUGCCACUAUAUCAAGCACCACCACCUGGCUCUAUGCCACCAUAUCAAGCACCAAUACCUGGAGCAAUGAUGCCAAGACCUGGUGCACCAAUGAUGCCAAGACCUGGUGCACCGAUGAUGAUGCCCGGCGCAAGACCUCCCAUGCAAGGAUACUAUAGACAACCAGGUCCAUAUGCAGCUCCACCACGUCCUUAUUAG